UGAAAAGAAAAAAAUUAUAUUAAAAAUUUUUAAAAAUAGAUCACUGAUCUAAUAAGAAUAUAUGGUGAAUUAUGAGAAAAAAAAAGAAUAUGAGAAAAAAAUUUUAAUAAUAAAUAUGAUAAAAAAAGAAAAUUUAAAAAUUGUUUAUAAAAAACAUGAGAUUUACGUGUUUAAUAGAAAAAAAGAAAGAAAUAAUAAAAAAUUAAUAUAAAAAAAAUUUAAAAAAAAAUAUUUAAAUGUAGGCGUUGAAACGAGUAGUUAUUGUUAAUAGAAAGAAUAUUGAAAUCGUUUGUAAUAAUAAAGAAAAAACAACAAAUUGUUUACUUGAUUUAACAAUAUAAAACGCAAAAGAACAACACUGUAUUGUUACAAUAAUAAUAAUAAUAAUAAACGUGUGCCAAUUUGUAUAACUUUUUAAAAGUUUUAAUAUCCCAAAUUAUAACAAAAAGUAAGGUGCUAAAUUAAGUGCUGCCUUUUUUUGGUUUAAAUAUUAGAAAAAUUGUUGGAUUAUUUAACAAAUAAAAAUUGUAAUAAUUGCAUUUUGUUUUAACUUCAAACCAACGAAAUUAUAAAGUUUUCAAACAACAGGUGCAUUUGCAACAAAAGAGUCUCAAUCUUUAAACAAUAAGUUUAAUUUUUCUAAAAUAUCCCCUUAAAAGAAAAACACUGCCUACAAAUGUUAACCUAAAGUUAAACAAUUAGUUUUAAAAACCAAACAAAAUCUACCUUAAAUUAAAACCAAAAAUUAUUUUUAAACAAAAAAUAAGAUCAAAACCAAAUAAAACCCACGAAUUUAAAAAACACAGACCAUGAAUUGUGUUGCUAUACCGCCCUCCGAAGAUAAGCGUAAUAAUGCUGCUGCCAAUUCCUCCAAUUCAUCCACUCCCUUGCACAUCAUUCAUUCCGAGGUUACGCUCACCACACCCAUUAUAGAAAAUGGCUCAAAUACUUCGACUACGGGUUCGAAUAAAUCCCAGUCGUUACAGCGUACUCAUACAACGCAUUUGUAUUGUCGUUCGCUGGAAAAAGAUGCUGCCGCUUUGGCGGUACCUCAUAGACGUACCUCGAAUUCAAGGGGGUUUGCUUCUUGUUUAAGGGGUGAAAGGGAUGAUGCCUUUCUCGACUAUCAACAGAGAGCCAUACAAUAUGAGCAACAACAGCAGCAACAACAUAAUAUGCAACAGCUACAAUUACAGCAGCAUAGGGAAGGGCAACAACAGCAAUAUUAUCAACAGCAGCAGCAAUUACAAUUGAGCCAUCCCUUAAUGGAUGAAAAUCAUCCGGCUCAGGUGCUACAGACAAGUAUGAGUAGUAGUACGGGCAGUGGCAGUAAUUAUGAAACGACAACGGGCAGGAGUGAGUACAAAUCGAAAACCCUGCCACGCAUACAUUUCGAUAAUUCUAUAAAUGAUAUGUCGCUGAAUGAAGGUAAAAAAUAAAAUAUUUUUAAAUUUCGUAUCAUGAAUUUUUUAUCUAGACUAUAGAUCAGUCUAUAGUCUAGAUUACAGGUCCG